AUGGUCCCAGUCGGUCCCAGACUGGUUUCCGGAUGGUUCUGGGUUCCGACCAGAACCUGGGACAGGCCCGAACCAGCUGAGACUGGCCGGAACCAGCAGGUCCCGGCGGGUUCCAGGUUCCAGACGGUUUUAGCUGGUUCAGGCCGGUUCCAGACGCACGAGCGUGCGGCUGAACACGCAGCGGUACGUCCCGCCGUCCGACAGGCUGACGUUCAGCAGAAGCACCGCGCCCGUCUGGACGUCCCGGUCCGGGGUCCCGCGCCACCGCAGGCGCCCGUCAAAGUCCCCGUCCAGGACGCUGGACUCCGGGUUCUGGUUUAUCUUCAGGUUCUGGUUCUGGUUUAUCUUCAGGUUCAGGUUCUUCUUCAGGUUCUGGUUUAUCUGCCGGUUCUGGUUCUGAUGCAGGUUCUGGUUCUGGAUCUUCUUCUAGUUUUACUGUCCCCGGGGGCCCUGGCGGGCUGUGCGGAGGUGGACUCCCUGAGGGAGGCGGUGGUGGGGCAGGACUUCCUGCUGGGCUGCAUCUCCUGUAAGAGCCGGGAGGAGGUCCCGGCGCGGGCCGCCGUGGACUGGUUCUACCGGCCCCCGGGGGGGGGGGGCGCCUUCAGGCACAUCUUCCACUACGACCACCCUGAGUCCAGCGUCCUGGACGGGGACUUUGACGGGCGCCUGCGGUGGCGCGGGACCCCGGACCGGGACGUCCAGACGGGCGCGGUGCUUCUGCUGAACGUCAGCCUGUCGGACGGCGGGACGUACCGCUGCGUGUUCAGCCGCACGCUCGUGCUGCCGCCCGACAACCAGCACCUCGUAGUUCCUCUGAUGAGCCGAACCGUUUCGUCUGUGGUGUCUGAUACUAUUUUAAUGCCCGUCUCCACGCGCAGAGUCGGUUAA